UUCAUUGACAUUGAUCGUCCUGAUCUAACUAUAUAGUACUUACUAACACUACUACUGAACAAGCUUUGUUUCCCCUUUACAAACAACAUCAAUUGAUAUCAGAAAUAUAUUGAUUUUAUUGAUUUGUAUGAUAUUCACUUACCUCAGAUCGAAUCCCCACCAGCAUCUGGGAAGACUGCCAGUUAUCCAUCCAUAUUACAAUAUCGAUCCAAAUCCCACGCAUUUCAAUCAUCGGUACUUUCGAAACCGAUAUCCACUUCCGACGUAAAGCCCCCCGCAGAUUUUCGGAACGAAAGACAAUCAAAUUGUACAAAGUACACAAGCUCUACAAAACAUUGCAAGAAUCUUCCGACCGAGAGUGUGUCUUUUGAAAUCUUCUGCGAAGGACGGGUGAAUUCUGCGACUCGAUAUUAUCAUCACGCACAGCGACUCGACACUCUGCGACCUAGAAAGAAUUAUGGCAUACGACAAAGCGCAUACUUGAUUGAGAAAAAACCUGAUAGGCCUACGACCAAUAUAAAUAUACACAAUCGUCGAGUUUCCUCUUGAGAUUCUUUGAUUGGUGGAGUGUUCGUGAACUCGAUCAAGUGUAGAGAAGAUUUCACGGCAGGCCGAACGAAUAUUCGACGUUCACGUAAAGUUUCAUUCCUCCUCAACACUCGAGUGUCAUUACCGUGCACUCGAUUUCGAUACAGCCACCAGCAAUUCCGACGCAGAUGUCGACGUUAUCAUGAGUAAUUUCUUUAAUAUGCCAAUGACCCAAGAGGACCUGCAGCGGCAGGUUGCUCAAAGGAGGGCACAUUCUAGGUCUCUGAGUAUACCGCAACCUCAACCGCAGCAGCAACAACAGCGACCUUCCGCACAAUCUAACGGAAGUUCCAUGAGCAUGAACCAUAACAUGAGUGGCGGGAAUAGCUUGGAUGAAAUCAUCAUGCAGAAUAACAACGAAUUACAACGGCGGCAGAGUUACUCACAAGACUUUUCGCAAGAUCACGAUCGCAGAUCUUCCAUGCUAGAAUUUGGCAAUAGUGAUGUCGGUCUGAACGAUUUUCAAUUUGCCACCCCAACAUCUUCUUCCGAGAAUCCAAUGCUACGUCGACAAUCCUUGGGUGAAAUGAACAUGAACGACCUUUAUGGCGGUGGGAUGGAGUCUGGAAUGGGUAUAAUGCCUCAAAUGCAGCAACUUGGUUAUUCCGACUCUGUGCGACCAAAUUUGAUGGAUACUACUAUGGGAUAUGGAUCUUUCUCGGGAGAUAUGAUGCCUGGCAUGAUGAGUUAUGCUUCCAUAGGUAUGGAUGGUAUGUCUCAAGAUUCGCCGAUGGGCAUGUACUCGAAUGAUAAUUAUUCACCUACGGUAUAUGGGAAUGAUCCUAUGGAUUCGAUGGACUCGAAUAUAUUUAUGGGAGGUCAAGACCGUGGGAGGAUAAGAACGAUGGCCGAUGAGAAUAACGAAGAGAUAUCAUCGAGGUCCGUUAUCAUGGGCCCCACAGCAUCGGAGUCGCUCUUGAGAGCUCGAGAGGGUAUGAUAAUGAGACCCUUGGAAGAUGAGAAUAAUGAAGCAAUGUCUUCGAGAUUCGAUGUCAUGGGCCAAUCACCAAGCGCUAUGAGCAUGCCUCAAACCUUAAUCAAUUACAACUCCCCGUCCACUUCAAAUGCACCUCCGAAUCUUUUAACACGAAUAUCUAGCACGGCUAUGAUCUCCACAUCUGCAUCAACCCCCACAGCUCUCACCGCUCCCGACACCUCCCCAUCGGGACAAGGAAUUACGGAUAUAUACUCCAGCACUGGGUUUGAUAUGCUUGGAGCAUUGAUACGAGUGGCAAAAAGACCAAAUAAAGUUAUUAACAUAGGCGCCGUCGAUUUAUCAUGUGCAUUUGUCGUCUGCGAUUUACGAGAGACGGAUUGCCCUAUAAUAUAUGUAUCUGAUGUUUUUGAGAACCUCACCGGGUAUUCAAGACAUGAGGUAUUAGGACGAAAUUGUCGAUUUCUUCAAUCACCAGAUGGCAAAAUCCAAGCUGGUGAACGUAGGACGGCCACGGAAAAUGAUAAGGUCUAUGAACUCAAGAAAGCCGUAGACAAUCGAACGGAAACUCAGCAAGCCAUUAUCAACUAUCGAAGAGGGGGUCAGCCAUUCAUGAAUCUUUUGACGAUGAUUCCUAUCCCUGCAAGUGAUGACGACCCUACACUUUCUCUGGUCGUCGGUUUUCAGGUUGAUGUGGUUGCGAACCCAACUAGUAUCGAUGGCGUGAGUGGUGGGAUUUACACCAUGAAUUAUAAACAAGGUACAUUACCACGAUAUCAAUGGCAGCCACCUCAGCAAAAUGUUCGUCUAAUUGAUGCCGGACAAACAAUAAGUCGAGAUGAUGUUAGCGCAGCACUAGCUUCAUACGACAAUGGUAGCGAUCCGGAAGCCACCAAGAGAAUGUUUGAUAAAGUGCUUUUGGAAAAUAGCGAUGAUGUUAUUCAUGUUCUUUCUCUGAAAGGUUUAUUCAUGUAUCUUUCGCCGUCAUGUUGUCAAGUCUUGGAAUAUGAUGCAUCUGAGCUGGUCGGAACUGCUCUAUCCUCCAUCUGUCAUCCUAGUGAUAUAGUCCCUGUGACUCGAGAGUUGAAGGAAACAUCACAAGGGAGUGCUGUCAAUGUUGUAUUCCGCAUUCGUCGAAAAAAUAGUGGCUACACAUGGUUCGAGAGCCAUGGUUCUCUUUGUGCAGAGCAAGGCAAAGGUCGAAAAUGCAUAGUAAUGGUUGGCCGGAUAAGACCAGUGUACGCAUUGGCUAGAAGCGACUUGAUGCGAAUGGACGGUCUUAGUGAUCAACAAAUGUAUUCGAAAUUGUCAACUUCGGGCAUGUUUCUAUACGUUGCAACAAAUGUUCGGUCCCUCCUAGAUCGUACACCAGAUGAUCUUGUUGGUACAAGCAUUCAAGCAUUGAUGCGUGCUGAUUCUAAGGUUGCAUUUGGUCGAGCCUUAGAAAAGGCAAGAACGGGAAAGAUUGUCAAAUACUCACAUGAGCUUUUCAACAAGCGUGGUCUUGUCAUACAAACCGAGACAGUACUAUAUCCUGGAGAUGCAUCGGAGGGCCGUAAACCUACCUUUCUUGUCGCCCAGACUCGAUUGGUUAAUAAAGCAUCUCGAAAUGUUGCUUCGGCCACAGGAGCUAAUGGUACUACUAUUCCUGGCGGUAAAACAAUGAUCAUGAGUCCCAUGACUAGAACAGAUACACAAAGUUCCGAUGGAAUAUCAUCAAACAAUCAAUUAGCUCGUCCUCAAGCUAGCCCAUUCCCUGAACCUAUGACACCGGGAGCUUCUGGUACUACAACUAUACCUAUCACACAACCAGGUGGAUCCGGGCUUCCAAUUGGUUCUCAAGAUGAAGCUUUAGCUUCUAGGGAUAACAUUUUCGAAGAAUUGAAGACGACACGCGCUACAAGUUGGCAAUAUGAACUUCGACAAAUGGAAAAGGAAAAUCGAUCACUCGCCGAAGAGGUAGCAUCAUUAGUAAAUGCCAGAAAGAAGCGAAAACGAAGAAAAUUACCUGGUAACGUGCAACGAGAUUGUGCCAAUUGCCAUACGAAGAAUACCCCGGAAUGGAGGAGGGGACCGAGUGGGAAUCGAGACUUGUGUAAUAGUUGUGGAUUGAGAUGGGCGAAACAGCAAGGUCGCAUAUCCUCGCGUAGUUCUAAACGCAGUAAAGAUGGUGAUGCGUCAAGCAAACAUUCCAAUUCGCCGAGCCAUUCCAGCCCAUUACAUAAUGAAAUUCCGCAAAACUCAGAUUCACUAAAUCCAAAUUUAAAUAUCAAUCCUGGAAAGUUGGCCGAUGCUGCGGUUCCGAGACCAUCGAAGUUUUUGAAAAAAGAUUCGGAUAAUAGUGUAAGGACUGCAAGUUCUGGAAGUCCGGGAACGGGAGCUGAUGAAACGGGCAAAAUUGGAAAGGGAAAUAUUGGACUUGGGGGAAUUAGUAAUGGUGGUGUCAGGGGAAGUGGAACGGCAGUUCCGGCAUCUCUUGGAGGACGAACAACAAUGGAGAGUCAACCUGUUCAUGCGCGAAGUUUGGGGUUUAAUGAGGGUGGUGUUAGUGGAAUUACUAAUAUUGAGGAGGGGAGAGAAAGUGAAAGGAGUGGGGGAACGAGUGGGACGAGUGGAACGAAUGGAAUGAGUUGGAAGGGGAAGGGUUGUGUCGCGAGGGAGGGGUUUACUGGUGGUAAAAGAGAGACAAACCGAGGAGAGGAGAGAGCGGGAGGAAGAAUGACGACGAAUAUAAACGAAUUUUCGAUAAUGCGACGAAUCAUAACGAGCAUUUCAAGGAUGGUUAAUUGGCAAAAUUCUUCUAGGUUGUUUUGCUAG